GUUGGGGAUAGGACUGGGGUCGGAGUCCCGCGUGGAGGCGGGGUCCAGCGUGGAGGUGGAACUGGGAGCCGGGGCCCGCACUCGGGAGGAGGCAGAGUUCGAGGUCCGGGUUCUGGCCAAGGACGCGCCGGAGGUCCGGGCCGGGGCGGAGGCGGGGCCAGAGGCCCGGGUCCUGGCCACACGCCUGGACCUAGUUCCUUUACCCGAGCCCGGCUUUUGUCCUUCAUGGCGAGGCUCUCGCUUCCUCCAGCAGAAGAGCAGAGUGUUGUGGAAGGUGCGCCGCGGCCGCGCCGUGGACUUGGUCUGCGGCCGAGACGAAGUCCGUGUUGCGGCCCUCGACGACCCCAUCCCUCCCGCUGUGACCGUUCCGUGUGCCAGUGGCCAGGCUCUGUGCCUUCAGCUUGGGGGCACGGCCCCCAGCCGGCUGCGGGGCGCUAUGGCAACACUUUCGCCUUCUCUGUGCGCUGGUCAGACAACAGCAACACCUUUGUGCGAAGGACCUGUGACGAGUUCAGGAGGCUCCAUAAGACCCUCAAGGAGACCUUCCCAGUGGAGGCAGGCCUACUGCGCAGAUCCGACCGAGUUCUCCCCAAGCUUCCAGGUCAGGCCGCGGGAUCCUGGGAGGGGUAGGGGCAGCAGCAGGAGCCUGGUGGCGGGAGCCUUGGGGCAGGGUUCCAGUCUGUCCCUGCGGUGCCUACAGGUGUAUCCACAUUGCUGCUGGUGCGAGGGGGUCGCACAGGCCGCGGCCUGGCACACCUGCGGUUGCUGGAGACCUAUUUGCAGACACUGCUGGUGACAGCGCGCGUGUCCAGGGACCUGGUGCUCACUGGCUUUUUUGAACCACAGCCCCAGGACCUGGAGCCCUCACUGCCACCUGGCAGCCUGGUGAUCUUGCCUGUCCAGGAAGAGCCUGUACCCGGCCCUGUGAGAAGCAUCGCCAUAGGCAGCCUGGUGGCUCAGAGACUGCACUCCCUGCAGCCCUUCAGCACCCAGGAUAUCAGGGGCCAGCCCUUUGAUGUACAAGUUCAGGAGGAACUACAAGUGCUGCUGCAACACCCCUCAGGCUGGUGGCUGGUGGCUAAUGAAGACCAGCAGAUGGCAUGGUUUCCUGCUCCCUACUUGGAGGAGGUGGCCCUGGGCCAGGGACAAGAUGGGAGACAACCCCUAGGGAGUAGGGGUUCACAGUUCUGCGUUUCCCGAGCCUAUGAGGGCAGUCAAGUGGAUGAACUUUCAGUGCCCGCGGGGGCAAGAGUGCAAGUGCUGGAAAUGUCAGACCGAGGCUGGUGGCUGUGCAGGUUCAGUGGCCGCACCGGUCUUCUCCCCUCUGUACUACUGCAGCCAGAUGGGCUAGGCACGUUCCUGAGCAGACCAGGGCUCCACUCUGGGGCAGAGGGUAGGCAAGACAGGGCAGGGGAAGCCCAAAGCUUCCCUGAGUGCCCUCAGGUCAUGACCCUUCCCCCUGCUGUGCCCACCCACCCUCUGCCAAGUGCCAUUCAGAGGUGCUGCUGCACCAUCACCCGUAGGGCACUGGGGAGGGACCCAUGGAGUCAGGGACCUCCUUGAAGGUAUGUGGAACUGUGUGGAGGGCUAUGCUCUACAUCUCACAGAUGGAGCAGCAGGCCAGGGGUUCCAGACCCCAGGGAUGACUGAUGGCAGCCAUACCAACCUCAGGGCAGGGGGAGGCACCUUUGAGGUUGGGACUCCCUGGCUCGCAAGGCCAGGAGGCUAUACCUUCCCAUUUCAUUUGAGUA